AUGGCGGAGAGUUCUUCGUGUCCGCCGAGCUCCGACAAGCCAGUAAUUGUUAGGGUUAAACGGAAAGCUUUUCAAUCGGCCCUCGAUGCUUUUUGGCUGGAGAUUCACGAGAGGCCGUUAAAACGGCCUUUGCUCGACUUCGGUAAUCUAUCAAUAUCAGAUGAUUCUUCGAGUAAAGCGGAUGAAUUGAAAACUAAGAAGAUUCUUGUUCGACAUGUGGAGACUGUAUCUAGCGCUGAGAGUACAUUUGACGUGCUGCGAUCUUUUGUGCCUAAUUUGUCUGGCGAGUUAAAUUCUGCUGAGAAAACUGAGGGAAAACGCAGUUUCAAGACUGUAAAUAAACAGGAUCAGAUACUGGUAAAAGCGAAACAGAGUCAAGAGGUAGUAGACACAAAUUUGGACGACCACAGGAUGAUGGCUCAAUAUUUGCCCCUCCUGAGAGAUUUUUUGCCAUCUGCUGCUGUGGAGAUUGAAUCUGAUAUUCAUGAUUUAAUGUCCAAACAAGGAUCAUCCGAUGGUUAUGUAUACGAUUUCUAUGCCGUCAAUGAGGAUGCAGAUUUGAUGGAGGCUGAUUCUGUUAACCCAUUUCCUUUGGUUCGAGUUGACGAUGACGAUGAGUUCUACGAUGGUCCAGAUGAUUCGGAAUAUGAAACUGAUGAUUCUAAUGCGGAAAACAAUCCCCUGAACGAUUAUCCCGAUGAGGAGACAACAGAGGAGGAUGAGGACGAAGUCACUAGCAGUUCAUCUGACGAGAAAUCAGAAAACGAGAGUCGAACUUCUGGGACCAAUUCCCAAGAUUCUGAAAAUGAAACCCAAGUGUCGUUUGAGAAUGAUGAAUCGUAUGACUGGACGAACGAUGUUGAUGAAUACUUUGAAGAUGAGUCUUAUUCUGAUGGGGACAACGAGCCGUACUAUUGA